AUGGCGGCGAGGGCGGCUGAUGAGAACAGGAGGCCAGCGGCGGGGAAGCCCGCGCCAGGCGUCCGAGAGAUGGGGAGCCGGCGCGCGCUCACGGACAUCAAGAACCUCGUCGGGGUUGCCCCGUACCCCUGCGCCGUCGCCAAGAAGCCCAUGCUGCAGAAGAGAAGGGACGAAAAGAAGACAGAGUUGCCAAGCAGCCGGCCCAUGACAAGGAAAUUUGCCGCCUCCUUGGCGAGCAAAGAGCAACCUGAAUGUCAGCCGAUCCUAACUGAUCUAGAACCCGGAGUUGAUCAACAGAAGGAAUCAAUCGGCGAUGUCACCUUUGAUAUCGACGUGGAACUCUACGAGCCGGUAGACGAUAGUGAUAGUGACAUCGACAUGACAGAGAACAAGGAGAUGAACCAAGAUGAAUCGCUCAUGGAUAUUGACAGUGCAGACUCGGGGAACCCGCUUGCAGCAACAGAAUAUGUUGAAGAGCUUUACAAGUUCUACAGAGAAAAUGAGGCUAAGAGUUGUGUAAGGCCUGAUUACAUGUCCAGUCAACAAGAUAUAAACUCAAAGAUGAGAGCGAUUCUGAUUGACUGGCUGAUUGAGGUUCACUACAAGUUUGACCUGAUGGAUGAGACGCUCUUUCUUACGGUAAACAUAAUAGAUAGAUUCUUGGAAAAGGAAGUGGUUCCAAGGAAGAAGCUACAACUGGUUGGAGUCACAGCUAUGCUUCUUGCUUGCAAAUAUGAGGAGGUCUCAGUUCCAGUUGUUGAGGACCUUGUGCUCAUUUCUGACCGUGCCUACACAAAAGGGCAAAUUCUAGAAAUGGAAAAGUUGAUUCUGAACACGCUGCAAUUCAACAUGUCUGUUCCAACACCUUAUGUCUUCUUGAAGAGGUUUCUGAAAGCUGCAGAUGCAGAUAAACAACUUGAGCUAGUGUCAUUUUUCAUGCUGGAGCUCUGCUUGGUAGAAUAUCAAAUGCUGAAUUAUCGGCCUUCGCAUCUGGCUGCUGCUGCGGUUUAUACUGCACAAUGUGCUAUUAAUCAUUGCCCUCACUGGACAAAGGUUUGCGAGUCACAUAGCAGAUACACUAGCGACCAACUCCUGGAGUGCUCGAGGAUGAUGGUCGACUUUCACCAGAAGGCUGGAACUGGCAAGCUCACUGGCGUGCACAGGAAGUACAGUACCUACAAGUUCGGGUGCGCGGCCAAGACUUUGCCUGCGCAGUUCCUGCUGGAGCCAGGAGGGACACCGCCUCCUUCAGGUGCAAUCUAG